GGCCGGGCCGGGCCAGGGAAAGCGAAAGGAAAGGGAAAGCGGGCGGCGGGCCCAUGGCGUCGGGGCAGGAGCAGGCGGCGGCCGAGCGGCCCCAGGGACUGGCUGCGGGGGCCGGCGCGGGCGGACGCGCGUCCUGCGGGCACUGGGUGAGCGCGGCCGAGCUGCAGCCGUGGGUGCGGGCGCUGCUGCAGCAGGGCAUCACGUCCUGGCGCUGCCCGCGCUGCCCGGAUGCCAGGUGGCUCUGGCAGGAGCUCCGUGACCUUGGGCUCUUCUCUGGCCGGGAUCAGGCCUGGCUGGAGGCCACAAUCCUGGCGCAGGAAGGGGCCAGGAGCAGCUACCGCCAGUGCCCGCGCUGCCAGCUCCUGGUGCAGCGCCCGGCGCCCGGGCCCCUGCGCACUGCCUGCCCCCCCUGCUCCAGGAAGGCCAAGCAGCUGCGCUGCUUCUGCUGGGGCUGCCACCAGGCCUGGGAGGAGCCGUCAGCCCUGGGCGACACCAGCCAUGGCUCCCUGUGUGCCCUGCUGACCGUGCUGCAUGAUGCUCCUGAAAUCCGGGCCCCUGAGUCGUGCGUCAAUGGCUGCCCCUCACUGCGAGCCUGUCCCGAGUGCCGGACCUUGGUGACACACAAUCAGCGGGGUUGCCCUAUGGUGCGGUGCCCUCAAUGCCAGGCCUGGUUCUGCUACCGCUGCCUGGAUGUGGCUGAGCACUGGCAUGUCUGUAUGGUUGCAGCCCGGCAGCAGGACUUCAGCAGGCGUGCUGCGGCUCCCCCUCCCAGUGUCCGUCGUGUGCUCCCGGCUCGUAGGAUUCGGUGCAGGCUCCAUGUCCCUGGGUAGCAGGCCCCAGUGCCCAACUCCUCCUGUGCCCUGCAGUAGCCCCUGGGCCACAGAGCAGGGCCCAGAACUGCUCCUCCCAUGCUGCACCUCCGCCUGCCCCCACUGGAAAUCCUGUGAGGCUCAGACCCCAGCAGGAGCUCUGCCCGCAACUGCCUGCACCUUGAUCCGCAAGGCCCCGUGAGUUGGGAGCGGAUGCCUUGAUAGCUGUGGCUGGGCACUCCAGCCCCCUCACUCCUACUGAGGUGCUGGGACUGGGGAAAAACCUAGAAGCACUGCUAAUAAUCUAGGCAGCUGGAGCGGUGCGAUUGCAUUUGAGACGGAAGCAAAAACAAGUAUAUCUUUCUUGGAAAGUGUGUUCUUGUGCUGGAUGUUGAGCUUGUAUCAAAGCAGUAAUAAAUGAGGCAAGAAUGAA